GGGCUCUGUCACUUGCCAGCUGACGAAACUUUAUAGUUAAAGAUUAAUCAGUUCCUCUUUCGGCAUCAGCACAGUAGCACCGAAACUAAACAUGAACCGUUGGCGCUGUAAAAAGUAAAAGCACUCUCCUCUCCUCGGUAGGUCUGCGUGCUAAGUGUCCGCUGCCGCUGUGUUUACACAGCACCUUGCACAGUGUGUACACUAUGUAGCCCGUUGGUGGGCCCCUCCUUUGUGGUGAGCUGACUGAUAAAUAAAAGUUCGAGAGCGCUCGCUGCAAUCUCUUGUUCGCAGUGAACACACGAAGAUGGCGCAGUGUAAUUGCUCUACCACGUCUCUCGGUCUCAGCAACAAAAAAUGCUGUGCUCUUCUCACAGCACCGGGACUGUGCUUCCUGACUAUAACCACUUUCUUGCUGGUCUCCCCCCCGGUCGCCGAAGCUUGUCUGUACUCGCAGACCGACCAGGUCGUGGUCUUGAACUAUGACAGUAUCAACUCCCAGCUCAUUAACUCUUCCAACGCUUGGCUGGUGGAGUUCUACGCGUCCUGGUGCGGGUACUGCAAACAGUUCGCCCCUGUGUGGAAAGAUUUGGCUAGCAAUAUAACAGAAUGGAAGCCAGCCAUCAACCUAGCAGCCAUUGACUGCGCAUAUGGCAGGAACCGGAUAUCCUGUGCCCACUUUGAAGUCAGCAAAUAUCCCACUAUGAAGUUCUUCCAGGCUUACUCAGAGAAUGGGUCUAAAGGAGAGGUGCUUAAUGCAAACUCGUCCAGCAGUGUUACAAAUCUGCGUCAACUGAUCAUCGACCAGCUGGAGAGCCAUGUGGAGGCGUGGCCCCCAGCGUGCCCACCCCUCAAGCCGGCCAGUGCAGCGGAGUUGAGUUACUUUUUCAAGACGAGCAGCAAGCAGUACCUGGUACUGGUGUUUGAGGAAGCUUCCUCUUAUGUCGGCCGAGAGGUGACCAUGGACCUGCUGCAGUAUGAGAAUAUCGUGGUGCGCAGGGUCCUGAACUCUGAAAAGACGCUGGGAGUCACACACUUUCCAUCCUGCUACCUUCACUUCCCCAACGGGACCUUCUGCCGGCUCAGCGUACAUGUGGAGGCACGCUCUUUUUACGUAGACGCUCUGCGGAUGCUGCCGGGAUUGGAGCGGAGAGCAUACGAGCCCAGCGUGUCUCCGGCGCCUGAGAAGAACACCACGGCUGAGGAGUGGAGAGAGUUUAACAGGUCGCGGGUGUAUAUGGCAGAUCUGGAGUCCUCUUUGUAUUACUCCCUGCGUGUGGAGGUGGGGACUCACAUCACCAUCUCAGGGGAGCCGCUCAGUGAACUCAAAGCUUACAUCACUGUGCUGGUCAAGUACUUCCCCGGCCGGCCGGUGGUGAUGAAGCUCCUGCAGUCCCUGGAGUCUAAGCUGAAGAGCCAUGAUGACCCUGAGCUCCAGUACACUGCUCUGGAGACAGUGCUGGACAAUGAAGUGCAGACCCCGGACGCUGCUCUCCCCGAUGUUGAGAGGUGGGUGUCCUGCCAGGGGAGCAAGCCUUGCUUCCGAGGGUACCCCUGCUCGGUCUGGACCCUCUUCCACCUGCUCACAGUGCAGGCAGCCCACAGCACAUACACCCCGGCCCCAGGUGAUCGAAGUGAAGACCCCAAAUUCCCUAAAGUUCUGUGGCCUCCCCCUGAUCUGUGCCCCCAGUGUCACGAUGAGUUGAAAGGGAAGCACGACUGGAAGAUGGAUCACAUUCUGAAAUUCCUCAAAGUUUAUUUCUCCCCGGAUUGCAUCCUACAAGACUACCUGGAGGGGGAAGAGGAGCUGCUCACCAGGCAGAGAGAGAAGCUAGCCACCAGGAAGGAAGAGGCAGCCAGGGUGGCGGAGCGGAAGAGGAGAGGGACAGAAGAGGCAGCUAGAAGAGAGGUGGCAGAUGUGGGGAGAGGGGAACCAGAGGGAGAAGAGGAGGGAGGAGAGAUGGGGAACAAGGAAGAGGGGGGAGUGCAAGAAGAGACAGCUAACCAUGCACCAUGGGAGAACUCUGAGCUCCCGAGGAAUCACAAGCCCAGCAUCAUCAACAUGAAGCAGAGAAUGAUGGAGGAAGACAUUGUGGAUUUGGACUCUUUCAUUAACCAGCAUUAUAAAAACAGAGCCCUCAGCACUCACAGGAGAUCCAUCCAAAAUAGAGAAGACAAACGCAGGCCUCUGCAGAUCCAACCAGAGGAUUCGGAGGCAGGGGAUUAUUAUGUGGUGGUUCAAAGCCACCUGAGGAAGCGCAGUCUGGGGUACGUGAUGGCCAGGGAGCAGCCCCUCCAGAAGAAGCACUGGCUCUCCAUUCUCAAUGUGGGCUUCUCUAGGUUGGACAUCAGCUUGUGUGUCCUGCUCUACUUCCUGUCAUCCAUGUGCCUUCUGGGAAUGUACCUCUUCUUGAAAAUGAGGCUGUGCAUGCCCAGAGGGAAGCUCGCCCUACCAUGAAAGCCACCCCUUUGAUUGUCAUUAAUGGAUUGUUCCAAGUGCCUUGGGGAGUGGGGAGGGUCAAAUCAACUGGAAAUGAGAAAGGGGUCCAAUGGGCACAGCUGACACCAAAAUGUUUUGUUGAUAUCCAUUCUAAAUAAUACCUGAUUAAUAUUAAAAUUAUAAUUAGGGCUUCUAUUUUGUGGGUUUUAUUAAUUGUAUUUUUCUGUGCUUAUUUUUAGCUAUUUUCAAGUUUUAUGUAAAUUUCAGAGGUUUUGUUUUUGAUAUACUGUAUGAAAUUAGUGUUUUCGGUUACUUUCCAAAAUGCUUGAGCAUUUUAUUUUUUGUCAAAAUAUGUAUAGUAGUAACCCGACAGUACUUGCACACUUAAGGUGUACCUUCUUUCCUUUGCUGUCUUCCACAAUGAAAUCACUAUGGUCACGGGCACAUUCUUCUGGGGUUUUUGUGUGUAGACAUUUUUGUACAUUUUGCCACAAUUCUGUUUUAAAUCCUCUGUAUUUUACCUGUAAUACAGCUUUAAAUCCCGCUAAACAAGCCUCCAUCCUGAUUUGUAAUCUUGUUUUAAAUCUUGCAAGCGGAGUCUCCAAUAGAAAUGUAGGAAUGUGCUGUCACUUAGUAGUUGGGGCGGGUUUAAAGUAUUCAGAACGAAUCAAUGAUAGAUUCAAGUCAGGAAGGCGGGACAUUGCCCAGCAGCACUGGGAAAUGUGUUCAUUAUUAUUUUUGUAGUAGUUAUUUUUUAAUGGGAAAAGUGUAAAGUCAACAUGAAUUGAUUAACCAUUUCCACAGUUUUUCUGGUGUUUUACAGUGUUUAUUGGCUAUCCACCCAUUUUAUUAUUUUUUUUUGUAUCGGGGGUGUUUUAUCGGGUUUUAUCGGUUAAAAACGGAAAUCAGAAGCCCUUAUUAUAAUUACCAAAAUUAAGACUUCAAUUAAUUAAUUAAAAAAUAGACGUCUUGAUAUAAAGAUUGAGUAAUUCAGUAAUUUGACUUUCAAUGUAAAAUACCAGUUAUGAAGGAAUACAUUUUUUAAUGUCUUGGUAUCAAUAAUUAAAUUACCCAACUCGGAAAUGUGAUUUGUUGUUAUGAAAACUAGAAUUCUUGACAUCACUCUUAGGAUUCAAAGUUUGCCCCCCCAAGACAGUGCAUUCCUGCAGGUGGCUGCUAAAACCAUUUUCUUUCUCUACGUUUUAAGCAAUACGAGGCAACUUGUUCAACCAAAUUGACAUAGAAGCCUCUCCGUUUUUUCAGACUUGUUUAUUUAGCACAUUAUGUGGUCACCCUCGGCAGCGAAGCAGAGAUCUGAAUUCCCUCUUUUCAUUUUAGAGCCCCAAGGUUAGAAUCCCAUCACACCAUGAACAACUGGAAAUUUCCCGGCACCCCCUUUGUACAGCAAUGUGGAAACUGUGCAUUAAAGUGCACUACGACUUAUACCUUUUCUCCAGUAUCAAGUACAGACACAAGCCUGGAUCAAGGUGCUAUGAACAGCUAGGAUUAAAGGAGACUUCCCUUUCGAUUAUCUAAGAAAGUGGUGGCCAAUACUCCAAACACUGCAAUCCAUUUUGGUGGAUUCAACAGCUCCGCAAUCCACCAGUAAGCUAUGACCAACAAUUAUUAGCAGGAUUUAAUAUAAUAGUGUCCAAUAUGUAAGAUAGCACUAAUAAAAGAAAACAACCACAAAAACGUAAUCAAAGCAUUUUUAAUAUUAAGCAUAGGGAGUUAUAAAAUUUAGGUUAUGAAACUUAACAGCAUGUUUCUUGAAAUCUGUAGGCAGGGCUGUACACUAACUUUUUUCAAAGUUAAAAAAUGGUGGCACACACUGAAAUUUAGGGGCAAACAAAAAAAUAAUAUUUUGCUCAAAUGUAUUGUUGAAUAUCUACAAAUCUGGUUUUCCUUCCUUUCUUACAUAACACACUUGCAUCAACAAAAUUAUGGACAACUUUUUUUCCCAACUUAAAUGAUUUUUAAAUGAUCUUCCUCAGAGUGUGUUACUUGCCUGUUUAUGGUAUAGUGGGAUGGCUGAUGUUUCUGGAUGUAUGUCUCUCCAUACAUUGCAUGCUGUUUUGAAGCACUGUGUUUAAUUUCACAUUUGAGCUUUUGGCUCCCUGUUAAAAAUGCAGUCUUGCCUGCCAUCAGUUCCCCUGCACCCUGACAAAACAUGCAAAACUUUUUUUUUUUAACAUUGUCAAACUUAAGCCAGGGAAAAUCUUUUAGCCACUGUUGGUUGAAAUUGUAUGUUAUUUUGCUGCUUGCAACUGAUGAAGACUCUGUAACUAACAUAGCCCUUCUCGAAGUUCCCUGUUCGCUUUCAUCUUCUGACACACCUUCAUUGCUCAUUUCUUCUAAAGACGCUGACAUAUCUGAAUUUUGUUCAUCGUGGUUUUCUUUUGAAACCUCUCCAAUCACAUGAAAAUGAAUUUAUUUUCCUCAUCUUGGUUUGACAAGUUUUCAAACUGCCUGGAAACUAGUAGGCAUCGCACUGAUAAAUCAGUGAAAUUGGCGGUGUGUAGGUUUUGUAGUUUUUAACAGUGGGCAGUGGCUACCAAGAAACUACAUUCCCAGAGUACAUUACGAUUGACCUAUGAGAGUUUAGAUCUGACUGUGAGGUUUUUUUUUGUUUUAUACUUUCAGCUGAAAAAAAAAUCUUGUUUAUAUUUUAUAGUCAACUUUUAGGAAUUUCUAAUUGCACACGUGCGCCUAAAUUAAAAUGUACGUUCGCACAAGCAUUCAUCUGUGCUACUGGGUGACACAGAAGGCUCUCCCCAUCAGCCGUAACAAAAACUGUGGUCUGCUUAUAUGUUAGUGCUUGUUAUGAUUUGUCCUGAGAUCCACCAAAAAUCUUUUGCGAUCCACGUAUUGGCCACCACUGAUCUAAGAGGACCUCCAGGAUAAAGUCGAACAGUUGCCCGUAUUGCUUUAACAUACUUGAUAUUAAUAUUACAUUUGUAUUGCCAUUUUGCACCCUUGUGCCAUCGUCCUCUUCAAACUCUGCUCAACAGAUUAAUAACUCACUAAAAUGAAAAUCAGUUCAGCUGAUUUGUUAUAGUUUCAAUACAACAACUAUCCCCUGAGAUCUUUUGACAGCCAAUAAAUGACUGAGACAGACAGCUCUGUGGCCGGCUGGCGGUCAUUUUGCUUGGAUUCCUGUUAACACAAUUACUUCAAACCUGCUCAAUGGAUGUCCUUGUAGUUUUAGUGAGGGAUUGCCCUUCAUAUGAAGGUGUGUUGAUUCAAGUUUGAAGAGGAUCUAACUAAUGAAUAACUAUGAAUAACCGUCUGUCAAUCCAAACCUAUCAGCAAGUGAUCUUGUAGUACAGUCUGCAUGCAUAUUGACUAACUGAGAUAGAUACUCAGACUCUGCUGUCCUACAGCUAAGCUUGAAGAUCUUUAGUUCAUGGGAUCUAGUUGAGCUGCCCGUUCAUAUGUCACAAUUUUACUGCUUCUCCAAUUGUGAUGCAGCUUGCUAAAGACAUUGAUAGCACAAGUUAAUGAUAAUAUCAUACAAAUGAGCUUGUCUGUUCACUUAUCACCCAUGUUCUUUCUUUACUGAUACAGACGGCUCUAGUUCUGUUGUUAGGAUAUCUUGAGCUUGUAGAUUUGUAAUACUGGUGUUCUGCCGCAGCCUUCACUUUGGCGGGUUCCGUUUUCCUCUGAAACCAUUUCUCUCCUUCUCUUGAAAGAUGUUUUUACUUGAAUCCUGUAAUGUCUCUUGUAGUGGAAUGCUUUGCGGUUCAGUCUACCAGGUUCUGAUUGCUGCUGGCUCAUUGGAUGGUCUUCAGCACAAACGCGUCUGCAUCAGGCCCCUAAACGUUUGUCAUGUUUCCAUCUGCAUCUUGAACCUUGUGUUCGCAUCUCCACCACUGUCCUUUUUUUCGGGGGGGUUGUUUUGUUUUGUUUCUCGUGGUAACGAAAUCUCAAAACCUACGGAGAUGCAUUUUUACCUGUAUCUUGAAAAGCGUUCGUCCAAUUGUAAUAAAAUGAGGUAUUGAAGCAUUAAAUCACUGGUGUUUCUGUAUCCGUCAGUCAACACCAUCACAAAAUGAGUUUAUCCAGGGGGCUUCCGAGUGGCGCAUCCAGCAAAGGCACUCCACGUGGAGUGCAGGAUGCACCCUAUAGUCUGGAGGUCGCUGGUUCGAGUCCAGGCUAUUCCACUGCCGACCAUGGACAAGAGCUCCCAAGGGGCGGCGCACAAUUGGCCGAGAGUUGCCCGGGUGGGGAGGGUUUAGGUUUGCCAGGGUGUCCUCGGCUCACCGCGCACCAGCAACCCCUGUAGACUGGCCUGGUGCCUGCAGGCUUGUCUGUAAGCUGCCUAGAGCUGUGUUGUCCUCCAACGCUAUAGAUCUGGGUUGGCUGCAUGGUGGGCCUGCAGAGUUAAAAGAAGUGGUCGGUUGACGGCACACGUUUCGGAGGACAGCGUGUGUUCGUCUUUGCCGCUCAUGAGUCAGCCUAAAAUAAUAGAACUGGCUAUUUCAAAUUGGGAGAAAAAUGGGGUAAAAAAAGAAGAAAACUGGGAUGCCACUCUAUUAGUGAUAGCUUUUAUUCUGUUGUAGCUGCCAUUGCCUCUUAGUGCCAAACUCUUGCCAUUGUAGUUCAUCUGUCUGUCUGCAUUGCCAUUGAAAAUCAUCAUAGGACUAGGAGCCUGCAUUGAUUUAAAAAAAUAAUUGAAAUAUUGGUUGACUGUUAACAACCAUUCAAUAAAUUAUUGUUGCUAAAAACCUGUUUCUGCCUCAGAGUCUGUGCCCCUGACAAGACAUCUCAACAUACUGAAAAAUAAAGGUUACACUACACAGUGUAAUCAGCAAAGAGUAUGGACCACAUUGGAGGGAUUCAUCACUAAAUGAUUAGCAGCCUCUAAUUCCUUCAGGAACUUGUAUUGGCGGGUGGAUAUCUGCAGUGUCUGUUCUACUGAAUCUGACUUCUGAAGAUUGUUUGGAGGGCCAUGCAUGGCUCUGUAGAAUAUGUUGGCUCCCACUGAACAAACUUCAUUAUUCACACAGUAAAAUGACACGAGAGAAGUAAAAAGGUGUCACUGAGAGGUCGACCACAUUUAAACAAAAUGUUUAACAACAACGAGAAGUUGCAUUAGAAACAAUAUGAACUUUUAACAAUAUGAUUUAAGUGGCGAAAACUGUCUACAGACACUUAUACAUACAUACUGGCCACUGCUGAAUUGUGCCUCUGCAAAUGAGUAUUUUGUGGUCUUGUGGUGAAGCGUGGCGUGGCAGGGGUGGACACUGCCCCCUUACACCCACCUGACCAAAUUAUUGUUAGCUCACCAUAUGAGUGAAAUAUAGACAAUAGCAUUAAUUAAGUUCUUUGCAUAGUGGGUAAGUAAUGCAUUUCUAUUGAAUUCAUAUCAACAUGAACCCCAA